AUGGCGAAGGACGUCGAGGCGACGGCGGCGGAGUAUUCGGCCAAAGACUAUCACGAUCCGCCGCCGGCGCCGCUGUUGGAUUUGGAUGAGCUGAGUAAGUGGUCCUUCUACAGGGCGCUGAUUGCGGAGUUCAUCGCCACACUCCUCUUCCUCUACGUCACCGUCCUGACGGUCAUAGGGUACAACCACCAGACGAACGCCGGCGACCAGUGUGACGGCGUCGGAAUUCUCGGGAUCGCCUGGGCCUUCGGCGGCAUGAUUUUCAUCCUCGUUUACUGCACCGCCGGUAUUUCCGGAGGGCACAUAAACCCGGCGGUGACAUUUGGGCUCUUCUUGGGCCGAAAAGUGUCGUUGAUACGAGCAGUGCUGUAUAUGGUGGCCCAGUGCUUGGGCGCAAUCUGCGGCGUGGGCUUCGUGAAGGCCUUCCAAAAGACGUACUACAACACUUACGGUGGUGGGGCCAACGUUCUGGCUCACGGCUAUAACAAGGGCGUGGGCUUGGGCGCUGAGAUUAUCGGUACCUUUGUGUUGGUUUACACCGUUUUCUCCGCAACUGACCCAAAGAGGAGUGCAAGAGACUCCCACGUCCCUGUGUUGGCCCCACUUCCGAUUGGGUUCGCGGUGUUUAUGGUCCACCUGGCGACCAUCCCAAUCACCGGCACCGGCAUAAACCCUGCCCGGAGUUUCGGGGCCGCCGUGAUAUACAACGAGGACAAUGCCUGGGACGACCACUGGAUUUUCUGGGUUGGUCCUUUCGUCGGAGCCGCCAUAGCCGCCUUCUACCACCAGUACAUCCUCAGGGCCGCCGCCAUUAAAGCCCUCGGCUCCUUCCGAAGCACUGCCUGA